AUGUCAAAUAUUAAUGAAAAAGAUGUUAAAGAGCUGGCACAUAAUGAAGAAAAUUUUAGUGAUAUUGAUAUAUCAGUUGAAGAAUCUUUAAAAGAUUAUGAUUCACCAUCUAUAAUUGAAGAUAUAAUGCAAUUGAUCCAAAAUGAUAGUUUGAAUGAAUCAGAUUUAAAUACUGAAAAUAUUAGCUCUGACUUUGAAAAUAUCCAAGGAGCAACUAUUGAUGAUAUCUUAGAUA